AUGAGGAAUUCUGACUUUGGUUUUUCCUACCUGUCUUUGUUUCAGGUCUCUUCAGAUCCUCCUGCUUCCAAAAAGCCCAAAAUAGAUGACUCUGCUUCCCAAUCUCCAGCGUCUGCCGAGAAGGAAAAACAGUCCAGUUGGUUACGGUCCUUGUCCAGUUCAUCUAACAAGAGCAUUGGCUGUGUCCACCCGCGCCAGCGUCUCUCGGCGUUCCGGCCCUGGUCCCCCGCCGUGUCGGCCGGAGAGAAGGAGCUCUCCAGCCACCUGCCCGCCCUGAUCCGGGACAGCUUUUACUCCUACAAGAGCUUUGAGAGUGCUGUGGCCCCCAACGUGGCCCUGGCUCCCCCAGCACAGCAGAAGAUGGUGAGCAACCCUCCGUGUGCCACGGUGGUGUCGCGGAGCAGCGAGGCCCUGAGCACGGCGCAGCCGCGGAAACGGAAACACGCGGAGCACGCGGCGGUGCCCGAGGCAGCAGCCACUGCUGCAGCCACUGCCACUGCCCCCGAGGAGGACAAGGAGUCAGAGGCAGAGAUCGAAGUAGAAACCAGGGAAGAAUUCACCUCCUCCUUAUCCUCGCUGUCCUCCCCAUCCUUCACCUCCUCCAGCUCUGCCAAGGACAUGAGCUCCCCGGGGAUGCAGCCCCCAGCGCCCGUCAGCAGCUCCUACGAGGUGGCGGCACACCCCGACCCGCACAGCACUGGGCUGGAGGCUGAGCUGGAGCACCUCAGGCAGGCCCUGGACAGUGGCCUGGACACCAAAGAAGCCAAAGAAAAAUUCCUGCACGAGGUGGUGAAGAUGAGGGUGAAGCAGGAGGAGAAGCUGAACGCUGCCCUGCAAGCCAAGCGCAGUCUGCACCAGGAACUGGAAUUCCUCAGAGUGGCCAAGAAGGAAAAACUGAGAGAAGCCACCGAGGCCAAACGCAACCUCCGGAAAGAAAUCGAACGUCUGCGAGCGGAAAACGAGAAGAAGAUGAAAGAGGCCAACGAGUCUCGGAUCAGGCUGAAGAGAGAGCUGGAACAGGCACGACAGAUCCGUGUGUGUGACAAGGGCUGUGAGGCAGGAAGGCUUCGUGCCAAGUACUCAGCACAG